CGGUCGAGAAGUGUGUUAACAUGGACCCGGAUCUCUGGUCACUUUACCAGCCAUACUGCCAUCUGCUGUCUGGACGUACCUGCUAUGGGAUAGUAGAAACACUAGAGCCAUACGCCGUUACCAAGGUCAAACGUGCAGGUGAGGUAGUCAUACACUAAAGCCAUACGCCGUUACCAAGGUAACAUGUGCAGGUGAGGUAGUCAUACGCUAGAGCCAUACGCCGUUACCAAGGUAACACGUGCAGGUGAGGUAGUUAUACGCUAGAGCCAUACGCCGUUACCAAGGUAACAUGUGCAGGUGAGGUAGUUAUUCACUAGAGCCAUACGCCGUUACCAAGGUAACAUGUGCAGGUGACGUAGUCAUACACUAGAGCCAUACGCCGUUACCAAGGUAACAUGUGCAGGUGAGAUAGUCAUUCACUAGAGCCAUACGCCGUUACCAAGGUAACAUGUGCAGGUGAGGUAGUCAUACACUAGAGCCAUACGCCGUUACCAAGGUAACAUGUGCAGGUGAGGUAGUCAUACACUAGAGCCAUACGCUGUUACCAUGGUAACAUGUGCAGGUGAGGUAGUCAUACACUAAAGCCAUACGCUGUUACCAAGGUAACACGUGCAGGUGGGGUAGUCAUACACUAAAGCCAUACGCCGUUACCAAGGUAACACGUGCAGGUGAGGUAGUUAUACACUAAAGCCAUACGCCGUUACCAAGGUAACAUGUGCAGGUGAGGUAGUCAUACACUAGAGCCAUACGCCGUUACCAUGGUAACAUGUGCAGGUGAGAUAGUCAUUCACUAGAGCCAUACGCUGUUACCAAGGUAACACGUGCAGGUGGGGUAGUCAUACACUAAAGCCAUACGCCGUUACCAAGGUAACACGUGCAGGUGAGGUAGUCAUUCACUAGAGCCAUACGCCGUUACCAAGGUAACACGUGCAGGUGAGGUAGUCAUUCACUAGAGCCAUACGCUGUUACCAAGGUAACACGUGCAGGUGGGGUAGUCAUACACUAGAGCCAUACGCUGUUACCAUGGUAACAUGUGCAGGUGAGGUAGUCAUACACUAAAGCCAUACGCUGUUACCAAGGUAACACGUGCAGGUGAGGUAGUUAUACACUAAAGCCAUACGCCGUUACCAAGGUAACAUGUGCAGGUGAGGUAGUCAUACACUAGAGCCAUACGCCGUUACCAUGGUAACAUGUGCAGGUGAGAUAGUCAUUCACUAGAGCCAUACGCUGUUACCAAGGUAACACGUGCAGGUGGGGUAGUCAUACACUAAAGCCAUACGCCGUUACCAAGGUAACACGUGCAGGUGAGGUAGUCAUUCACUAGAGCCAUACGCCGUUACCAAGGUAACACGUGCAGGUGAGGUAGUCAUUCACUAGAGCCAUACGCUGUUACCAAGGUAACACGUGCAGGUGGGGUAGUCAUACACUAAAGCCAUACGCCGUUACCAUGGUAACAUGUGCAGGUGAUAUAGUCAUACACUAAAGCCAUACGCCGUUACCAAGGUCAAACGUGCAGGUGAGGUAGUUAUACACUAAAGCCAUACGCCGUUACCAAGGUAACACUUGCAGGUGAGGUAGUCAUACGCUAGAGCCAUACGCCGUUACCAAGGUAACACGUGCAGGUGAGGUAGUCAUACACUAGAGCCAUACGCCGUUACCAAGGUAACACUUGCAGGUGAGGUAGUCAUUCACUAGAGCCAUACGCCGUUACCAAGGUAACAUGUGCAGGUGAUAUAGUCAUACACUAGAGCUAUACGCCGUUACCAAGGUAACAUGUGCAGGUGGGGUAGUCAUACACUAGAGCCGUGCGCCGUUACCAAGGUAACACGUGCAGGUGAGGUAGUUAUACACUAAAGCCAUACGCCGUUACCAAGGUAACACUUGCAGGUGAGGUAGUCAUUCACUAGAGCCAUACGCCGUUACCAAGGUAACAUGUGCAGGUGAGGUAGUCAUACACUAGAGCCAUACGCCGUUACCAAGGUAACACGUGCAGGUGAGGUGGUCAUACACUAGAGCCGUGCGCCGUUACCAAGGUAACACGUGCAGGUGAGGUAGUCAUACACUAGAGCUAUACGCCGUUACCAAGGUAACACGUGCAGGUGAGGUAGUCAUACACUAGAGCCAUACGCCGUUACCAAGGUAACACGUGCAGGUGAGGUGGUCAUACACUAGAGCCAUACGCCGUUACCAAGGUAACACGUGCAGGUGGGGUAGUCAUACACUAAAGCCAUACGCCGUUACCAAGGUAACACGUGCAGGUGAGGUAGUCAUUCACUAGAGCCAUACGCCGUUACCAAGGUAACAUGUGCAGGUGACGUAGUCAUACACUAGAGCCAUACGCCGUUACCAAGGUAACAUGUGCAGGUGAGAUAGUCAUUCACUAGAGCCAUACGCCGUUACCAAGGUAACAUGUGCAGGUGAGGUAGUCAUUCACUAGAGCCAUACGCCGUUACCAAGGUAACACGUGCAGGUGAGGUAGUCAUACACUAGAGCCAUACGCCGUUACCAAGGUAACACGUGCAGGUGAGGUAGUCAUACACUAGAGCCAUACGCCGUUACCAAGGUAACACGUGCAGGUGAGGUAGUCAUACACUAAAGCCAUACGCCGUUACCAAGGUAACAUGUGCAGGUGAGGUAGUCAUUCACUAGAGCCAUACGCCGUUACCAAGGUAACACGUGCAGGUGGGGUAGUCAUACACUAAAGCCAUACGCCGUUACCAAGGUCAAACGUGCAGGGACGCUCUCCCCAUCCCUGGAGCGAAGUCCAGUCGCACCGAAGACCCACAAGCCAUUGGAACCCUGCUUCGUCACCACUUGCGUCACUUCAAUAUCAGAACUAAAAGAGCUUAUCGCGCAUGUCCAGAAACGCUUGGGCAGCGAGAGCUUGCUGACAAAAGACAACCGCGCCUUGUCGAGUCUGGCGUGGUUACCCGUCGCGCUGCAGACGCUCCUGUAUUUCAUGACCUGCUCACAUCAAGUCGAUGUGGAUAUUACUGGGAUCCUUGCAAAUACUAAAAGGUCGCAUUCUCACCUACCGCCAUUGGUUGAAUGGAUUCGCGUCGCCAGCAUUCACGCUGAGCAUCGGGCCAGCGGUGUCGUUGAUGACGACGACGUCAGACAGGCGGCGAGGCUGCUAAUGCCAUUCACAGACUGCGAGCCACGCCUCCUCAGGUCAGACAGCUCUCAGUGUUGGUCCCCAGGUCUCUCCCCGUCAGCAUCGAUCGCAGCAUGCCAAUUUGAUAUGGGUUUGCGCAUGCUCUUGUGUGGUAAACGCGAACUCGCUCCGCAGGCUCUUACUACUUUGGGACCUGAGAAAAUAAAUGCCAUCGAUCAACAAGGCAUGACACCCCUGAUGCACGCAUGCGCACAAGGAGACGUAGACCUUGUCAAGUUGCUGCUGGACAAUCACGCCUACCUUGAUUCACAGGUCCCUCAUCGUGAUGCCCAACGAUACCCGCAGGUCGCCGCUGCUGUUCAGGGCUGGACUGCCAUCUGCUAUGCUGUAAUGAUAGGUCAUGUAUACAUCUGUCAGAUGUUAUUAGAUGCUGGAGCCAAUCCAAACGCGUCCCAGGGGACUGGAGCAGACGCAGCCCUUCAAUUGGCAGUUGCUGCAGGACACUAUGACCUAGUCUCGCUCUUGUGCGCACGCGGUGCUGACCCGCACGUCACGUGGGCGCUCGGACCGGGAAAGACUGGGUUUGGAAGUACAUUCGCUACCGCUGCUGCGUGCGGCCAUAGGAAGGUACUGCGCAAGCUCUUGGCUGAGCCACCGCCCGCCCGAGACUCGGAUAUGAUGUCACUAGAGGAGAUACUCUCUGAAGGAUCCCCGGUUUCUAAAGGAGGAAACAGCCCGAAGCUGAACCGAAAACGAAUGAAAGUCCUUCAGGAGGCAAUGUAUCACAGUAGCGAACAUGGCUUUGUGGAAAUUGCGAUGGAGCUCCGGAGUCUUGGGGUACCAUGGAGCCUGCAUUGCUGGACCCAGACCCUUUACCAUGCCUACGAGCAGGGUCAAACUGCGCAUGCUCGUUGCUUGUUCAGGGAUUUCCAGUCGAUACCUGUGAACGAGUAUACCGUAGAGUUCUGUGAGGACGGGCUAGCAGUUUUAUUCCACAUCUUUAGAGAAUGCGAGGACCUGAGCUUGAUGAAGGAUCUCGCGUCAGUUUUUUCCGCGUGUUUUGGAGAUGAACCGCUACCGACAAUAGAGGAGCUCCCCUCAACAGCUCCCAAAAUACGAAUAGGAGCAGAUUACGUCAAUAAUCAGGAGAUGUCAGACGUCACUUUUGUCGUCGAGGGAGAGCCAUUCUACGGUCACAAAAUCAUCCUCGCUACGGCUUCCCCGAGAUUUAAGCAAAUGCUGACGAUCAAGCCGUCUGAGAAUUCUGAGGGUCACGUGCCUUGUAUCGAGAUUACUGAUAUCAAAUACGACAUAUUCACGCAUGUGAUAAGGUACGUGUACAGCGGAAAAACACAGGACCCCCAGGAACACUGGAGAGUGCUAGAGCUGAUGCACGCCGCGCACUACUUCAUGCUAGCGGGAUUACGGCGGCACUGUGAGCGACUGACCGCUGACCGGAUGAAUGUGACCAAUGCCAUUCCUGCCUACAAAUGUGCUAAGUGCUACGAAGCAAAAGAGUUGCUUGAGUAUUGCGAAUGUUUUAUGCUGGCAAACCUCGAGACGAUGAUCGGAGAUAAAACUCUAAGGGAUCUUGUUUUGGGCGAAGCUGGACGCACGUUAAUCGCAUCCUUCCAGUAUCGCUUGCUUCAGCGUAUCAAGUCGAGGACAGCAAAACCCAAAGCGGCAUUUUGAGAAAACGCAAAACGCAUAAUCUCCUCAGGAUCUCAUGGCGUAGAGCGAGAAUACCCUGUGAUCGUCCUUGUGGGCUCAUUGUAGAGCGUGGGCACUAGUCAUAAUGAAACGAGGCGCAAAAUAGGCAGGGAUAGCGCUAAGGAGGGGCGAAAAUAAAAAGAUUGGACUGGCUAAGAUUUCAUCUUUUAAUGGCUUACUGCUGAUUCUUUUAGAGUUAAAAGUAUAAACCAUUUUUAUAGUUACUAAAUUACUUACUUACGACAUAUCUCUUUCUGGGGAUCAGUUAUACAUGUAAAAGAAUAAAAUGUCUUUGUAGACUUUGCCCUUAAACCCCAACUUGAAACGACUUAAAAGCAAUAAGUCAGAAAAGAUUUACUAAAAGCCUGGGAUUAAUGCUUGGUUUCUGCAGGCUUUUGUCAUGGUGAUGACUUGACCGUUAGAUCUAUACGCUUUUCCCGCUCACCCCACGAUAUUAAAAAAAUGAUCCCGACUACAGGGCAAACAAAUUAUCUUGAAAAAAGUUAUCAAUGUGCUAGACGUAUUUAUCAUGUGUUGUGUAUUGGUAUAGCCUCAAUAUAUUUUCUGUUUAAACAUGGUAAGGCCGAUAAUACUGAGGCGAAAAUAAGUUAUAUAAGCUGUUAAGUUAAUUCUAGUUUUACUCAAUAAAUCUGUCAGGAGAACAUUAAGAAUUCAAGAAAAAGUGCUUAUAUCUCAUAAAACCGAGGGAUGCUUCUACAUAUUUUCGAAUCGUCUUUAAAAAUUAUAUAUAUUAUCAUUAUUACUAUAUUCCCAUAAAGGUUUUUUAAAACCUAAUAUCUAAUAUCUCUCUAUAUAUAAUCUAAUAUCUCUUAAAAUAGAUAUUAGAGCUUCAAAAAAUUGUCCCGGGAUUGAAUGCUCCCCCUCCAAGAGAGCUUCCCGUGCAUACGAUACUUAAAUACUUGAUACGAUACAAAGAUUCCUCAAAAUAGAUUCCUCAAAAUAGUCAGACAAGCUCUGUCAGGUACAAAUUUAUUUGCUGGAUGUAAUUUCAUGCAGCUCUGGACCUGUUUUAUUUUAUCCAUCUUUUGAAUAGAGUACCUGUAAUGAAUAAUCGAAAAGCUUGCCCUUUCCACGUAAAGCUGCGAAAAUGUAAAAAAAAAUAAACAGAAUAAGAAAUACA